AUUAAUAUGUAUUUAUAUGUACCUUCGUAUAUACAUGAUAUAAAAAUACAUAUUACUACAUAUACUUAAAUCUUUAUUUUACAAUUUUACCAUACUUUCUAAUGUUUUUUCUGCGGAUAUCAUCUUGCAAAGGUUUUCUGGCCGGGGUUCUGGCAUGAGUUCUGGAGAUGGAUUUUCCUCUAGAAUUUCACUUGUGGCAUUCGAUGUUGUUGCUAAAAGCUCAGACAAUACCAGCUGAACUUCUUCGUCUUCUUAGAUAAUCCUGCUUCUGUUGGUGGCUUCUGGUUAAAUAAUAAUAGGAUGGGAACAGCAGUUUUGUAAAAAAAAUAUUUCUUACCUUUUCCUAUAUUAUUAUGUGUAAUAUUUUGAGAUUACCUCCUAACAAUAACACCGCUAAUAAGCAGCACGGACACAAAACUUUUAAGUCUUUGUUUAAGCUUAAAACUACUGUUUUUCUCAGUUCUCGCCACUCAAGCACAUACAAUGUUAAAGUAUUUGUUAAAGCUUUAAAACACUGUUUUGUCCAAGUUUUUUUUUACAGAGAUACAAUUAACACAAACAUAAGCGCACUACUCACUAGUUUAAAUUAUUUUAAUUGUUCAAAGAACACAAAAAUACAUACGCCUUCAAAUGCAUUGACAGAAUACACAAAAACCGUUAGAGGACUUCGCUUACGUCACAAGCGACCACGUGCGAUCGAUAAUUUUGGCGAACGUAUGUCUUAUGGGAUUGGGCAAUCCUAUUAGGUUUACGAUUCUUGGUCAAUGUCGACUUUGAUUAUAUGUCUCAGAAUAAAUUCGUCAAAAUUGAUAUUGAUUUCUUGUGACUCUUGAUAAACUUUUGCAAGAUACCGCGAAGACAUAAUCAGCAAUCACAGUUAAUAGUUCUGAAUGUUUUGUUUUUUUUUUUUUAAAUUGGAAAAAGAACAAGCUAAAAAUGGACUCCUUCUGCAAAUUGAUAAUGGAAUUGAACGAGUUUCAAAUGCAACAUCAUUUCUAAAAUAUAAAUAAUAUAAGAAAUACGUUAUUUGAAACCAGCGUCACGUCAUUUCAGAAGGGUAAUAUGACUAUAUACUAUACCGCAUGAGUGUUGUUUUUAAAUAUUAAGAGAGCUGUUUUUUUUUUAUCUCUUCUAUUAAUGUGCAAUUUUUAAAAUUAUUAAAAUCUUUCUUGUAUGUAUUUUUAACCACUAGUGUCUCAAAAUACCUACGGCGAAUAGGGUACACGCAAAUACUGGGUGGACAAAGUUAUUGGCUGUAGAUUCUAACAAUUGAUAGGCACCUAUUUUAACAAAUUUUGUGCUAAAAUAGUCUGUAUAAGGAAAUAACCAAUCUUUUUCUAUGGUUUGAAUGUAUGUCCUUAAUUUGAAAGAUUCACAAUUGAUGCUACGACAUUUGGAUUCCCUAGUUGAUUUCGGUGAUUUUGGUAGUAGUUUACUGCGCGGUGAACGGCAGAGAGCAUCUCGAAGUCCUAUAUUUAGAAAAGACUAAUUACAUAAUUUUCAAACAAGUAUAACAAGAUAAGUUAUUGAACCAAUUCCAAUAAAAAUCAGUAGCACAUAACUUGGACCCGUCUAUAAAAUUAGAUAUAUAGGGUUAAUAGACGAGAAUUUCAAUUGGACUGGGCAUAUUGACCAUUUACAUAAAAAGUAGUUCCUGCUGUCAGUGCAUUGUUCAGAUGUCGGGAAUAUGUGAGUGUUUGCUCUAGAAUUAAUGCCUACCAUGCAUUUUUCUUUCCCAUCUCUAUUUGAUUACUGUAUGGUUAAGUUGUUACAUCUAUGAAACUCCCACAAAAUAAAAUAAUAAACGUUCUCUUUUCAUAUGAUAUACAGAGAGCUGGAAAGAGAGAAGUUGGGUAUACUUUUUUUCAAAUAGUCAAUGGAAGUUCAGUACGGCACUGGCAAACAUUUUAAGAAAUACCAAACCAAUCAAAUUUGAUACAAAAUUAUGAUUUGAAAACGAAGUACUUUAAAAGAUAUGUUUAUAUGGAAUUUUGUUGGUGAAAAAAAGUGGUUUCUGAUCAACUGAUAGAUAUUAUUUCCAAAAAGCGAGUCCAUGCUGUAUAUAAAUAAGUGGUCGCGGAUCGGAUUUGAGCUUUGACAACCGGUAAUACGUGUGUCGCAAUACUUUAAUUGACUGGGGUAAUUUUGUUUUUAAUUUCGUGAAAGUCCGCUCCUUAUUAAUCGGGUCGAUAGAAAACGAAAACCAAACAGAUAAGCCACCGUUUCAACUAAACCAAUGCAAAAUUCCAGUUGAUGUCUGGCGCAUCAUCGACCUCUAGUGGUGUACAUUGAAUUAGACAAACAGUGAAGUGGUUAAUAAUCGUGACUAAAAGGGAUACCUUCAUUACUACCGAAAUUGUAUUAAAUUUGGUGCGAACAAGAUGAUUUUCGUCAUCCAGCGACUCGGCGAGAUCAAUUCCGGUUGCAAUCGGUGACCUUGGAUUUUGCGAACAUAACGGCCACCAUGCUGGCCCUCCUUUACAGACCGACCUUAGCACCUCUGGUGCAUCCCGAAACUUAAGUUCCUCCACCUCGACCGUCGCUAUGAAACCGAUCACGUUCGAGAAUCUUCGUCGUCUCGUCGGCGGAGGCCGGAAAAAGAAAGAAAAGGAGUCGUCGUUUAAACGUAGCGACUCUUUUAAGAGAAUCUCCAUACGCAAAAGUUAUCUGGACAGGGGCAAAAAGAAACACGUCACCAAGCUGGAGGCGGCGACCCAGACGGUUUCUGAGGAGGAACUGGCUCGGAUCCCCGAAGAGGUGGCGGUUAAGAAGGUCGACAGCUCGGUCCAAGUGAACAAAUGUGAUUUUAACGCGACGAUACAGUCAGGCAGGGAGGUCACGUGCAAUAUAGUAAAGUCGAAAACGGGGAACGCGGGAAGCAGCGUGGUCGCUUACGAUCACUGGCUGAAAGGCAUCAGGAAGGAGGACGCGUCGGCUCCGUCGUACAUAAAGGGCUCCGAACGUACUAUAAUCUACGUGCCUGCUUCCGACGAGCGUCCCGCGGCCCCGGUCAUCCGUCAGCUGUCGUCGUCGCCGGUAUUUAGGAAACACACGACUACCACCCAUCUCAACAGCAACCUGCAACGUAAGGAGAGCAACGACUCUGCCGUGGAGAUGUUUCCCUGGGGCGAUUCCACCGAAGUGAAAAAAUCUCCGCUGAUCAGAAGAAGACCCGCGGCGUUGAUACCUACCGACUCGGAGGAAAUGUGCUCCCUGUCCAUUAGCCUGGGCAGAAUUUGGAUGGACGCUCCCCAAGCGAUGGCGCCUAGAAGUUUGGAGAUGCCCAAGGCAUCGGCGUCGACUACCGCUCCUCCUCCCGCUCAUAACUCUUUAGAUAGCGCGUUGAGGGACUUGCGCGACGACCCGUUGGUGUCGAAUCGACUUCAAAAACGACCGACCCCUCCGGUCGGUAGGACGUUGUCUUCGACCAGCAACAAUACCACGUCUACCGGAUUAUUUUCGAGCAAAGAUUCGGGAUUUUCGUUUUCCAUUAGCGAUUUCCACGCGAACUUUGCGCCCUCCUCGUCGCGGGGGUUCUUCAGGAAGAAAUCGCGACCGAAACCCAAACUAUCCGUAAGCCGAGACGGUUACUUCAAAAGGACAACCAGCGGCACACCAACUACCGACGCGAAACGAAAUUCGAUCGGACGUAGGAGCAGCCGCAAAAAGAAAACCAAAUCCAAGAAGAACAAAAGAGAUACGGACGGGACCGCCAAGAGCGACCUGUACCAAGUGGUUGUCAACAGAUCGUCCAGAUCGCUGGCCGCGCUCAAACUCGACCCGAUGAUAUUCGUUCCUCCGGAAAAACGAAAAGCGACGGUGUCCAGGAAACCGUCGUUUCGUCGAGCCGUGCAGGAGAUCAGGAUUUUCAAUCCGCUGGAUUCUUCGAUGUAUUGCGCGAGGAGUAACGACAGCGCCGACGAGGGACUGUACGAGAGCUUGCCGGGGGACUACGAGUACUUUUCCGACGACCAACCGUUGAGCGGCAGAUUGUCCAGAUUGAGUCUCAAGGAGUUUUCCGAAGAGUCGCCGGCUGCGUCGGACGUGAGCGACGAAGGUAGCGACGUGUGUGCGAGUCCUUACGUUCCUCCGGGCGUGUCGCCGGUCCCUAAACGCAGACCGGUCAGGCGGAAGAAGUCGAUCGGAUUGUCGCACAAGAAGAGCAUCACCUACGUGGUAAAGCCUACCAUUAUCAGAGCGCCGUCUACUCUCAGAAGGAGAUCUACCAAAAAAUUAGGCGACAUAACUCAGAAGGGAUACGAAAAGAAACGGACAAGGCUGCUGUCUCCUUAUGUACCGAAACAAAAUUCCACCGCUGGUGGUGACGGCGAGAUCGGCGGCAGUAACGGCCACGGUGGCGGCAGCAGUGUUAGCGGUGGAGGCGGCAGGCAACAUCACCAUCAACAGCACACGCGUAGGCGUACGCAACGCAGGGUCACGCACAACGAGAAGCGCUACCACUCAGAUGUCGCUAGUGAGGGGCAACAGGAGCAGAAAGGGGGCGUCAGUCCCGCGACGAGGGCUUUGCGCAGGGGCAACAGGCGUCUCACACGCAACGAGAGUCGCUACCAUUCAGAAGUGCGUCAGGAAGCUGUGCAGCAGGCUUUGGCGCAGGCGCUUCAGAACCGACACAAACCCUCGAUGCCGAUGCCGUCCAAAAGGACAUCGGUCAUGGCGAAAAGUCCCGACAGGGAUCGGCGCGAUUCCGAAUAUUCAUCGGACGAGGACAGCUUGGCGAAUGAGGACGACGCGAUCGGCAGUACGCCGGAGCGGGAAAAAAUGAGGGGCGGCGGGGGCGGAACACCGCAAAUGUUUCCGCCGCCGCCGCCCUUGAGCGACACAUCAAGUACCGGUUCGCCGCCGCCCCUUCACCAUCGACCACGUCUGCCGCCGCCCAAUUGGAACGAGCAGAGGUCGGCGUCUGGCAGGCAACAGGACAUCACAGACAUCAGCGACGUGUUACAAAAUUUCAAGCCGUACUCUCAACCGCCUGACAUCACAAGCAACAUGGUCCAAGGCGGCAGAAGGGGAGCGGACAGAGUAAAUCGGUAUACGUCGUCCGCUUCGGAUGAGGCGAUCGGCACGGGGACGGGUCGGUGGAAGGUGUCCGCGAAAAUUCAACAGUUGCUCAAUACUUUAAAGAGGCCUAAGCGGAGACCGCUCCCAGAAUUCUACGAGGACGACGACAUCGAGCUCGAGCUAGCGGCCAACCCCAAGGACCCUAACGCGCCCAAACCGGAAGGCAGCUCCAUGAGUCCGGCGGUGGGCGAGCAACUGGUGGUACCGUCCGGGUUGCCCCGGAGUCUGGAAGCGGCUGUCACGAGAUAUGGAAACGCGACGUUUAAAGCGCCGGUCGCCACCGUUCUAGAUCCCAAUGGUAAACUCUCAACGACAUUGACGUACGGCAAACUGUUGAGCCGAUCGCACAAGAUAGCUUACUCGCUUUUAACGAAAUCCUUCAGCAAAAAUGGUGAUACUAGUUUAAAGUCCGGUGAUCGAGUAGCUCUAGUCUAUCCAAACAAUGACCCCAUCAAUUUUUUGUGUGCUUUUUAUGGAUGCCUUCAGGCCGGCAUCGUCCCUGUGCCCAUAGAAGUUCCGAUCACCCGUCGCGAUGCCGGAUCUCUGCAAAUCGGAUUCCUCCUAGGCAGCUGUAUGGUUCAGGUGGCGUUAACGUCUGAGGCAUGCCUUAAAGGCCUUCCGAAGACAACGUCGGGCGAGGUGAUUCAGUUCAAAGGUUGGCCCCGACUUAACUGGUUCGUUACCGAACAUUUGAGCAAAACUCCCAAGGAUUGGAGCCCGACGCCCAGAUUAACCGACGACACGCCCUCCUAUAUCGAGUACACGACUGAUAGGGACGGUUCGGUGAUGGGCGUGACAGUCACCAGAGCUGCGAUGGUUCAACAUUGCCGGAUGGUGACCAUGGCGUGCAACUACAGCGAAGGCGAGAACAUGGUUUGCGUUUUGGACUUCAAACGCGAAGUCGGCCUCUGGCAUUCAGUAUUAACCAGCGUCUUAAACGGCAUGCACGUGAUCUACAUUCCCUACGCCCUCAUGAAGGUCAACCCGGCCAGCUGGAUGCAAAUGAUCACCAAGUAUCGGGCUUGCGUCGCCGUAGUCAAGUCCAGGGACCUCCAUUGGGGUUUGUUGGCCACCAAAGACCACAAGGACAUCAAUCUAGGCUCUUUAAGGAUGUUACUCGUCGCCGACGGGGCUAAUCCCUGGUCUCUUAGCUCGUGCGAUCAGUUUUUGUCCGUUUUCCAAAGCAAAGGCCUCAGGGCCGACGCCAUUUGUCCUUGCGCCAGUUCAAGCGAAUGUUUAACGGUAUCUGUCAGGAGACCCGGACGGGGCGGGGUCAACGCGACCGGUCGGGGAGUCUUAUCGAUGCAAGGUCUAAGCUUCGGGGUGGUGAGGGUAGAUCAAGAGAACAGCCUCACCUCUCUCACUUUACAAGACUGCGGGCAGGUAAUGCCCGGAUGCGUCAUAGUGGUAGUAAAAAUGGAAGGACCCUCGUAUCUGUGCAAAACGGACGAAGUUGGUGAGAUCUGCAUCAACUCUGGCGCAACCGGAACCCAAUACUGGGGCCUUCCCGGACUAAGCAAUACCACGUUCAAGGUCCAAUUAGGUUUCCUGUUGAGCGUCAGGUUUUGCAAAUGUUUGUUUCAAUUUCAGAUUCAGCCUUUAGGUGCAGAUGGUAAACCGGUAUCGGAAACUGAGUACACCCGUAGCGGAUUGUUGGGUUUCCUCGGUCCCGGGGGUUUGGUGUUCGUUUGUGGUUCACGGGACGGCCUGAUGACAGUUACUGGACGAAAACACAAUGCCGACGACAUAAUCGCUACUGUAUUAGCGGUUGAGCCCAUGAAAUUUAUUUACCGAGGCAGAAUAGCAGUAUUUAGCAUCAGGGUAUUGCGGGACGAAAGGAUCUGCGUCAUUGCAGAACAGAGGCCAGAUUGCAGUGAAGAAGAGUCUUUUCAAUGGAUGUCAAGAGUUCUACAGGCGGUGGAUUCGAUCCAUCAAGUGGGCAUUUACUGUUUAGCCCUAGUUCCGCCCAAUUACCUACCCAAAACGCCAUUGGGCGGCAUACAUCUCUCCGAGACAAAACGACGGUUCCUGGAAGGUAACCUCCAUCCCGCCAAUGUGCUGAUGUGUCCCCAUACCUGUGUGACGAAUUUGCCCAAACCCAGAGAAGUGCACGCAGCAACGGACUGUGUUUCAGACGUGGGUCCUGCGUCUGUUAUCGUCGGCAAUCUCGUGCAGGGCAACCGUUUGGCCAGCGCCCAAGGUCGCGAUAUCGGCGGUCUUUUAGACGAAGACAGCGACUCAUCCAAAAAGCAACAGUUCAUCGCGGAAAUCCUAAGGUGGAGGGCGCAGAGCACCUCGGACCACGUCCUGUUUACGCUGUUGAACAGUAAGGGCGCUGCUGCCAAAGUGCUGUCCUGCGCCGAGUUGCACAAGAAAGCUGAACGCAUAGGCAAUCUCCUUGUCGAAAAAGGACACGUCAACACAGGGGAUCACGUCGCGCUGAUCUUCCCUCCCGGACUGGAUUUGAUUUGCGCAUUUUACGGGUGUCUGUACGUUGGGGUGGUUCCGGUUACCAUCCGCCCGCCUCACCCGCAAAACCUUCAAACGACUCUGCCCACGGUCCGCAUGAUCGUGGACGUUUCGAUGUCGGUAUUGGUGCUGUCAACUCAGGCUGUGAUCAAAUUGCUCAGGUCCAAGGAGGCCAGCAAUGUAGUAGAUAUCAAGUCGUGGCCGAUCAUAUUGGACACGGACGAUAUGCCCAAGAAGAAGCUACCCGUAGUUUAUAGAGCUCCUACUGCCGAAAUGUUAGCGUAUUUAGACUUUAGUGUAUCGACCACCGGCAUGCUCGCCGGUAUCAAGAUGUCGCACGCCGCCGUCACCAAUCUCUGCAAAAGCAUGAAGCUGGCUUGCGAACUCUAUCCCAGUCGACACAUUGCGUUGUGUUUAGACCCGUAUUGCGGACUGGGAUUUUCUCUUUGGUGUUUAAGUAGUAUAUAUUCCGGUCACCAUUCCAUCCUUAUACCGCCUUCAGAAGUCGAAGUGAAUCCAUCAUUGUGGUUGUCAGCAGUAAGCCAGUAUAAAGUACGCGACACUUUCUGCUCGUACGGCGUAAUGGAGCUGUGCACGAAAGGCCUAGGCACUUCGGUCGGCCAGCUCAAAGCUAGAGGCGUGAGUCUGAGCUGCGUCAGGACGUGUGUCGUCGUUGCCGAGGAACGACCGCGGAUCAAUUUAACCACGAGCUUUUCGAAGCUUUUUAGUGCCAUCGGUUUGAGUCCCAGAGCCGUGUCGACCUCAUUCGGCUGUAGGGUGAACGUAGCCAUUUGUCUUCAAGGCGCUUCGAGUCCCGAACCGUCGACCGUCUACGUGGAUCUGCGUGCAUUAAGAAACGACCGAGUCAGUUUGGUGGAGCGAGGCAGCCCGCACAGUUUGUGUUUGAUGGAGAGCGGGAAACUUUUGCCUGGAGUUAAGGUCAUCAUAGCGAAUCCGGAAACGAAAGGCCAAUGCGGCGAUUCUCAUCUCGGCGAAAUCUGGGUGCAGAGCGGUCACAACGCUAGCGGUUAUUUUACGAUCUACGGAGACGAGUCGGAAUACGGGGAUCAUUUUCACGCCAAACUGGUGACCGGAAACACGGGAGAGAUCUACGCGAGGACGGGCUAUUUGGGAUUCCUAAGGAGGACGGAAGGCACAGAAAGGGUUUGUACUGAGGAAACCGUGCUGAGCCGAGAAAGUGAUAAUGAAUCAGUUGGAUCUUCUCAUCAUCUAGUUCCAACAGAGUCCUCUGAACUUCACGACGCCGUCUUCGUCGUAGGCGCCCUGGACGAAACAAUCAUGCUUAGAGGCAUGAGAUAUCAUCCCAUAGAUAUUGAGAAUAGCGUCCUUCGAUGUCACAAAAAAAUUGCGGAAUGCGCUGUCUUUACGUGGACAAACCUCCUAGUGGUCGUUGUAGAAUUAGACGGUAACGAAAACGAAGCGUUGGAUUUAGUACCCCUGGUCACCAACACGGUCCUCGAAGAGCACCAUCUUAUAGUGGGCGUAGUUGUGGUUGUCGAUCCGGGAGUGGUUCCCAUCAACUCGCGGGGCGAGAAGCAGAGAAUGCACUUGCGCGACGGCUUUCUAGCCGAUCAACUGGACCCCAUUUACGUCGCCUACAACAUGUAGAAGGCGAUAAACUUCCCAACCAAAUGUUAGGAAUCGAUAUACCUAUAUGGCCAUGUUGGUGAAUUGUGUUCUUAGAACAAAAAAAAUGGUAAAAUGCGACAUAUGCAAUAUUCUGUACGGUAAAAACCAACCAUUUUGUGCACAAUAAGCCAUAAUUAAAAUGUAAAUUUACUUUUUCAAUAUGCUUCUAUUUUAAUAAGUAGUAACAACCAUCAGGAGAAUGUUCUUGCAAACUGACUUGAUAAGUCACAAUUGUAGAGGCUUUCUAACGUGACGCCCAUUGAAAUCAUUCAUACUUUUUAAGAAAAUCGGCUCAACAGGAUAUAAGGCAAGGUCAUUAUGACGAUAUACUUGAACAUGUAUAUUUAGGCCCGUUGUGGCGCCCCCUAGAAUGUAUAGUACCGUUUUGACGAUUGUACAGGUAUUGUUUUAUGUUUGGCUUUCCACAUCUCUCGUGCAAUACUUAGUGCUGGACGAAAUUAUAAUUUAAGUUGUAAUGUAUACCGAGUAGAGUUAACAAGUGAAAACGUCAAGUCGAAAUGGCAGUUCAAAUUGCCCGAGGUAGCGUUCAUUUAAACAAUACCAAUUUUUAACCGUGCGACGUUUAAAAUUCAGACAUAGCCUCCAUUAAUUGCUAAACUCGCUUUUAAAUUAAAGAAUUUCAUUGCUCUCUAACGUUAAAAUUCAUUGUGUAAAAAGUGCCUUCAAAAUACGAGAGCGCACCAAAUGUUCACUUAUUCACUCUGCUACCGUAUCAUUCUUUUUGAUAUACCUAUAUACAGGGUGAUUUGCCGUGGAUGGUAAAAUGAGAUACAUGAAAAUGUGGACGUUUACAUAACCUGCUUAAAAAACGUAGCUACAUCUUGGAUAGUUUGCUUUGUCAGCUCUGUUAUUCUCAUUUUUAUAUAUUUUUUUCUCGUCGUUUAGGCAGUGUUUGGGAAGAGCUGAAAUUUAUUAUUGCAUAGUCUGCAGUUAUAGUCUACAUAUUGGACCCGAUGAGGUCAUGAAAAAAUAGCCUUUUUAUCCGAUUUGAAUGGAACAAAAUAUCGAUUCAUCAGCGUGGGCUCCACACCCACUUGUUUGAUUGUGUGCAUUUCGAUAACACCCCGUAUAAAAUAAAGUUGAAAUAACAUUUACACUUUUUACACUCAUUACUCUAAACCGUAUUACCACUAAAUGAUAAUAUAGCAAAAUAAUAUUCCUGCAAAUUCUCAGAUUAUACAUAUUCCAGAAAUAUGCAUGUGAUAUUGUGAAUAUCCAUGGGAUUUUCCACAAACAGACAUUUAAGUGUGACUCCAGCGUAUCUACAUUUAGCUCCAAGAACAUUCAUUAGCAUUAGGUGGAUACAAAAUAGUCUCACCCCAAAUAUGCGUAAUAUUCCUAUUAUCAACUUUUAGGGACCAAAAACAAAUUUAAUUUUGAAAUAUAUUCUUGCAUCGUCAGAAUGGCAGUGUAAAAAAUAUUUUUUAUUAAUUGAAUGAUUUUGCAAAUAAAUUGAUAUUGCACUAUUUUAAACUUUGUAAUGAGGUGUAAGUUGAUCUGAAAGAGUUGUAAUUCAGUUCUCUAUCUUAUAGUUGAAGAAGUAUCAGAAAAGUUACAAUUGCAAAACUUUUGUUUGAGGAGCUAUUCUGAAACAAUAUUCCAGUAUCAAUAUAUCAAUAUAUAAUAAAUGCAAGUGAAUUGGAAGGGUCAUACUUCUAGUGGCACAUCAUUGAGUACUAUAGAUAAGAUACUUGGGCAAUGAGAUGUGGUAAAAAAAUCCAUAUUUACUUAGCUAUAUAAUUUAAUGACUUAACUAAAAUUUGUUCAUUUUUAUCUACUUUAAAUAAAAACGAGCGAACUAAAAUUCUAAAGUUUGUUCUGUGUAUUUUUAGAUGCCACACACUUCUUUGCUGUACCGAUUCCGAAACAAAAGCAAGUUUCAAUUUUUUGCAUAUUUGCCUUUUUUGCAUAUAGCCGCGAAAUUUAUCAGAUAUGUUGCUACUUAAAAAAAAAAAAGGAAAAUUUUUGUGCUUAUUUAAACGCAAAAUUUUGCAGGUUUCGUUUUUCAUAAUGGUCCAUUCUGUUAUCCACCUUGAAUCACCCUAUAUAUUCAUAGAUACACCCAAGGGUCUAACUUUAAUGGUCUGCAUUCAUCUGAAAAAGAAAAAAAGUUCUAGUCUUGUUAACACUUUAUUCUCGGGCCACUCUAGCUGUUUUUAAAUAGAACUUGUCACUUUUCUUAUAGGUAGCGUUUUAUUCUUCAACAUAUUCUACCGCAUUAUGCGCAAUCAGGAUAGUGGCAACUUUUUCAAUCUCGAAACUACUGUAUGGAUAUAUUAGUCGACAUACAAGUUUAAUUUGUUUACUUAGUUCUGCACAAAAUUCUCUCAACCAGAGUGUGACAAUAGUUUUUUAUUUUGUACAUAUUAGUUAAAUUAAUGUAGGCUUUUUAGUAGGAUGUAUUUGAAUUAUAUAUUUUUUUUGUUAUAGUACUUUUAAAAAACUAUCUACGUACUUGUGGACAACACGUUGCAAAUAAUAAAUGUAUCUUUAUAAAA